GUGGUCAAUGUAACGGACGCUCUAACGGUACGCAUUAAACUGAAAUUAUCGCAGCUGAUUGAUGUCAAUUUGAAGAAUCAAAUCAUGACAACGAACUUGUGGGUGGAACAGUCCUGGUACGACUACAAACUGCAGUGGGAGCCCAAGGAGUAUGGGGGCGUUGAAAUGUUACAUGUGCCCAGCGAUCAUAUAUGGCGACCGGAUAUUGUCCUCUACAACAAUGCUGAUGGUAAUUUCGAAGUAACUUUGGCCACCAAGGCAACACUCAACUAUACGGGACGUGUUGAGUGGCGACCACCUGCUAUAUACAAAAGUUCAUGUGAAAUUGAUGUCGAAUAUUUUCCCUUCGAUGAACAAACUUGUGUCAUGAAAUUUGGCAGUUGGACAUAUGACGGAUUCCAGGUUGAUUUACGACACAUUGAUGAAUUAAAUGGCACCAAUGUCGUCGAUGUUGGUGUGGAUCUAUCCGAAUUUUAUACAUCUGUAGAAUGGGAUAUAUUAGAAGUACCUGCUGUAAGAAAUGAAAAAUUCUAUACGUGCUGCGAUGAGCCGUACUUGGAUAUCACGUUUAAUAUCACAAUGCGCCGUAAAACGCUGUUCUAUACAGUUAAUCUCAUUAUACCGUGUAUGGGAAUCAGUUUUUUAACGAUUUUAGUAUUUUAUCUGCCAUCAGAUAGUGGUGAAAAAGUCUCAUUAAGCAUAUCCAUUUUACUGUCGUUGACUGUGUUCUUCUUGCUGCUGGCGGAAAUUAUUCCGCCAACAUCGUUAGUUGUGCCGCUUUUAGGGAAAUUUGUACUUUUUACAAUGAUACUCGACACAUUCAGUAUAUGUGUGACGGUGGUAGUACUAAAUAUACAUUUUCGUUCACCACAAACACACAUUAUGGCACCGUGGGUGCGAACAGUGUUUAUCAAUCAACUGCCACGGUUUCUGGUUAUGCGACGACCGCUCUAUCCCAUAAGUGAGAUGAUUAAAACAUCACGCCAACUGAUGCUACGCACAUGCAAUGGAUUCGAACUUAGGGAUCAAAUACCACCGCUGCCACCACCAGUAGCCUUAUCACGACUACACCAUAGUCCGCAUAAAACUUCACGUAGCACCUCGCCUCACCUGCAACACCGAGUACAAAGUCUUAACCUAUUGGACGAAAUUGGUGGACCAGGCGCCCUGGCUGCUAGUGGUAACAUCGGCUUUGGUGCCACAUGUGUUCCAGCUGCCGCCUCAACAAUUAGCGGCAAUUUUAUAUAUCCCUGUACGGUGAAUCAGGAAACAUCGACCACCAGCUCGCUGAUCGAUACCCUGCAUCACAGUCAGUACCAGCAGACGGGCGAUUCACUGCUCGAUCAUCCACUGACGCCAACGAAAUUUCGCCAGAAAACCUCAACAUCGGUGCAGACGAACGGCUUCGGUUGUGUGGAGUCGUCCACCUCGCAGUAUAGCGGUUACGGACAUUCGCAUCCCUAUCAUCUGUACCGUCAACAAUCCACUUGUUCGGCGAACUUUUCGCCAGUGCCUGCUCCCCUGCACCCGCAUCAACAGCACCAGUCAACUACGACAUGUGACCUGAUAGGCAAUACAAAUUCGAAUGUGAUAAAAUCGACGACCACGGUGAAUUCGGUGGCCACCGCCUCGACGCUGGCCGGUUCGUGUUGCAGCGUCAGUGGUACGGUGCAAAUACAUCAGGGUUUGGGUACGGGAGCGGCAUGUGAAUCGGCAGCGGCGACAGCAACUGGUGGCACAGCAUCAUCGACGGCACAGCGGCAGAGUGCUGCCGUACAGACCAAUCCAACCACUGCCCGUGCGGAAGUUCUGCCAGAAUGUCAGCGCGAGGGUGGACCGCACUGUUGUGCGGCCAAGGAGAGUCAGCUGAGAAAUCGUUGGCAUAAAUGUCCCGAACUGACAAAGGCCAUGAAGGGUGUUACCUAUAUAGCGGAUCAAACGCGUAAAGAAGAGGAGAGUACAAGGGUCAAAGAAGAUUGGAAAUUUGUGGCCAUGGUACUGGAUCGUCUUUUCUUAUGGAUUUUUACAAUUGCCGUUGUGGUUGGCACGGCUGGUAUUAUUUUACAGGCCCCCACGCUCUACGACACACGCGUACCCAUUGAUGUUAGAUUAUCUGAAAUUGCAUCGACCACAGCCAAGCCGAAUGCUGCCAAACCAGCGUUGUAAAUACUU